AUGGACGCUGUGGAGCUUGAUGGCAAUGCGGAUGCUGUGGAGUUCUGCCCGGUUCGUUCCCACUCUCACGCGCUCGCGGCCGCGACCUACAAUCUCGUGGAAGCGACGCCGGAAUCGCCAGCGCGGCGGCUGGGGAGCGUGAGCCUGUUUGAGGUAAUCGCGGAUCCAAACCCUCGCCUCCGCCUCGUCGAUCGCAAGAAAACGAGUGGAGUGUUUGAUAUCAGGUGGAGGCCUUCGAAUCAAGGGAACGAUGCGGUCCUUGCUCAAGCUGGAGCUGAUGGCGUGCUCACAAUGUACGCAUUGCAAGAGGAUUCGAAUUCGCUCGAGAAAUUCACGGAGCUGGAAGUGUGUGACUCCGCGAUGUGCCUCUCCGUGGAUUGGAACCCAUUCGCUACUUCGAGCCAGCAAGAACUCGUCGUGAGUCACUCGAAUGGCUCCAUUUCGUUGGUGUCCAUGUCCCGGGAGCGCCUGGAGCUGGACAGGAGCUGGGAAGCUCACGGGUUUGAGGCUUGGACGGCAACUUACGACGCUUGGAUCCAGGGGCUGGUCUACACAGGUGGUGACGAUUCACAGUUUUGCGGAUGGGAUCUCCGAGCAAGCCUUGAUUCUCCGGUUUUUCGCGACGCCAAGUCCCAUGAGAUGGGAGUUUGCUGCGUCCAGAGCAAUCCCCUGUGGGAGAACGUUGUGGCGACUGGAAGCUACGAUGAGAGGCUUCGACUGUGGGACGCGAGGAUGGCUCACAGGCCUUUCGCGACGCACAAGAUCGGGCUUGGCGGUGGAGUUUGGAGGCUCAAGUGGCAUCCGGUGGACAAAGGGACGCUGGUUGCCGCUUGCAUGCACAGUGGCUUCGCGAUUGUGGCUGUGGACGAGCAGCGAGACGUCGGUGUUGGGGUGGUGAAGGAGUACAAAGAGCACAAGUCUCUCGCGUAUGGGGUUGAUUGGUCCAAGAACAACGAGUCACUCCCGCUCGUUGCGUCGUGCUCGUUCUACGAUAAUGCACUUCAUCUCUGGAAAUCAUAACAACAUUGAUAUACUAUCGCGUUGUUUAACAUUAAUAACAGGAGUCUCAACAAAAUGGUUUAGCUGCAAUAUUUCCUCGGUUUUCUACGUUUCAAGAUUAUUGUCUCAUCACAUGAUUUAAAGGGAAUCGGCAGCUCCAGCA